GUACCGCAGGUAAAACCAGUCUUCCGUGGCAACAGUGAGGGUCCUGUUUUGUGGCUGGUGCACAGGUCCCGCCUCCUGCCCCUUCCUAUAUAAAGGCUGGGCAGCGGGCGGCCUGACACACUCCGCCGAGGCGAGAUGAUGGCGCAACUUAAUCCAGGCUUGGCUGUGUUGCUGUGUGUCGUGGUUGCAGCGCCACUCACCACCGCCACGAGUGAGUUCGUCCCUCAGAUCCCCGCCAGCCAGGAGGAAUCGCCCCUCGCCAAUCUGUGGAAGCACGCCCUCAAGGAGCAGGGUGCCGCCACACCCACCGAGAGAGACGACCAGGGACCAAAGACCUUCAUAGCGCCAGAUUAUGGAGUGGUGAUCAACUGGGUGCCGCAAGACUCCGCCCACCCACUCUACGCCCCCCAGUACAUCAACCUUUUGCGGGAGAUCCUUCUGGACUACAUGGUUCAGGUGGUGGUGAAGCCCGACGACCCCAGGAUGAGUCAACCCAACGGCCUGCAGGUGAUCAACCGCAACGGCAGGACCAUCACCUUCAAGCGGGUCGUCUCGGGAGACAUAACAGUGAACGGGAAGAAGGUUGUUAAGAGCACGGCCCACAAGGACGGCACGUUCUCCUACAUCCUGGAUAAGAGUCUCUUCGGCCACCGCGAGACAGUGCACGAGGUCUGGCAGAAGUACAUAGAAACGGUUCCUGUGUAUGACCCAUUCGGCACACUAAUAGCAGGUCCACGCGCCCCUCCUCCAGAAAAGUCGGAAACUGCUGCCGCAUCUCCUCCAGCCUCACCAUAGAAGUGCUGGCCGAAUUAAAAGGUGGAGGCAGGCAGUCCCUCACCCUCCCCGCCUUCAGUGGUGCCUUCCUCAUAUUCAGCGCUCCACUUGCACAGUGCUCCAGAACUGUUUGGUGAGCCGAGCAGCCGUCCACUGAGGGCAACACACAGAGGGGUCGCCUUCGCCUCACCACAGCAACACAGCACGAACACAGUGUUCCUCGGCCUUCAGUCAUCAGUGUUACUUUUGCCUCAUAAGAGUAAAUCAUUAUAAAUUAU